GUCCGUUUGGUCCGGACAGGCCUGAUUGGUGCGUCAUUAGUGUUAGCCACAUUCUUACCAGGCCCAGCUGCGAGUCAACACCAACAAUUUCCUCUAUUUUAAGAAUCCAAAAUUGAUCAAGCCACGAGUUCGUCGUGAGUUCUACUGAGACCACGAAAAAGUGAUAUUAAUAAUACCUUUCAAGAUGUCAGUCCUGCCUAGCGAACAUCACUUCCUUCGCUAACCAUCAUCUCUUCCAGGAAACGAGUUCUCCUCCUAGGCGCAGGAUAUGUCGCCCGACCAACUGUAGAUAUCCUCAGUAAAGCCGGAAUUUCAGUGACGGUUGGUAAGUUCAUCAUGAAAACCAAUCAUUACACGCACUAAUCAUGGCAAUCUUUUGGCAAGCAUGCCGCAAUUUGCAGACUAGUCUGGCUCUUAUUGAAGGUCUCCCCCACACUCAGGCUAUUUCGUUGGAUGUGGAAGAUUCAACAAGUCUUGACAAUGAGCUUUCUCAGGUCGACUUGGUGAUAAGCUUGAUUCCAUAUCUGCUGCAUGAGAAGGUUGUGCGCUCAGCAAUUCGAGCGAAAAAGCAUGUUGUAACAACCUCAUAUGCAUCUCCCACUUUACUUGCCUUGGACGAAGAGUGCACACAAGCGAAAAUUACGGUCCUCAACGAAAUUGGGGUUGACCCAGGAGUCGAUCAUCUCUAUGCUGUAAAGGCUGUGAACGACGUGCAUGCUUCGGGUGGCAAAAUAUUAUCCUAUGAGUCCUUUGCGGGUGGACUUCCAGCCCCGGAAGCAUCCGACAAUCCCUUAGGCUAUAAGUUCUCUUGGUCCGCUCGUGGGGUAAUAUUGUCCCUUCAGAAUCCAGCUAGGUAUGUUGAAGAUGGAGUUUUGGUUGAAAUACCCGGAGAUGCCCUCAUGGGUUCCACUAAGCCUGUCUUGAUCUAUCCUGGCUAUGCUUUUGUGACAUACCCCAACCGCGAUUCUACUAUUUACAGAGAGCACUAUGGAAUUCCAGAAGCCCAGAGACUUUUCAGAGGAACGUUACGAUACCAGGGGUAUCCUGAAUUUGCAAAAGCCUUGCGAGAUUUGGGUUAUCUGAGCCAAGAUUCGGAAAUAUUCUCUCAAUCCCCCAAACCAAAGACCUGGGCAGAUUUGUCCAAAGCGAUUCUGGCCACAAAUUCGGCACAAGAAAGGUUUACAAGUCCCUGUUAGAUUCCAAGCCACAUCAAAUCAUUGACUCCUUCUAGUGAACUUAUCGCGACUACCUCAUCCAAGCUAGUGGAUAUAGGUACGAAAGAAAAAAUUGUUUCUGGAUUUCGCUGGCUUGGUCUAUUCUCGAACACCCCAAUAUCGGAUGUUUCAACCCCUUUUGACGCAGUGGUCUGCACGUUAGAGGAAAGGCUUAAAUUUGAACCAGGUGAAAGAGAUUUGGUGUUUCUACACCACAAAUUUCAAAUUGAGCAUAAAGAUGGCCAAAGAGUACUGAAGUCUUUUCAUUUUCUCAAAUAAUUGAUUUUGCAACCAGCCCUAAUUCUGCGUUGCGGUAUAAUACCUUUCUGGCUGACAUGCUACCUUCAGGAAGUUCGCACGUUCACAUUGGCUGAAUAUGGGGAUCCGAAAGGGUAUUCAGCAAUGGCACGCCUAGUCGGUGUUCCUUGCGGUGUAGCAACUUUACAGGUUCUUGAUGGCAAAAUCAGUAAAAGAGGCGUUUUUGCUCCCACAACAGAAGAUAUUGCUAAGCCACUUCGGGAUACGCUCGAGGAGCAUGGGAUUAAAAUGAAAGAGACACGGGAUGUGAGAGGUCAGGGACCAACUAUACCAUGA